AUGCUACUCCGACGAUCAGCCCGGCAGCUGAGCCUCGCAGCUCACCUCACAUUGCCCGCCCGAUCUACUGUAACCAGGCGAUCAUUGGCAUCAACGGCGGCACAGCUUGAUUCGGCGCCGCAGCCAAGUUCGUACCGGCAGGGGAUGUCCAACUACAAGACCUUUGCCCGCCCCUUCGGCAAGGUCUUCCUGGGCGCCGUGCUCACGUACCAGAUCAUCUACUGGACGUGGCUGAAGCUGGAGACGGACGAGUCUAAGCUCGAGAAGAACGAAGAAAUGACUAUCCUCGAGAAGAAGGCGCGGGAGUUGGCGGCCGCGCAAAAAUGA